GCGCGCAGGAUGCGGACGCCGAAGGAAUGCAAACGACGGCGGAUUGCGGCGGAAGAAGCGCGCGCGCUGCUGGUGGUUCUGGCAGCGGAGGAUCGGGCGCGGGUGUGAAACGCGGAGAGAGGAAUGAUCUCUGAAGUUUCUGGCCGAAGAAGCCGUGGGAAUGAGCUGACCCCAUUUCAGUGAUCUGUUUUGUGUGUGUGUUCCUCCCAACAUCUCUGGGCCUAGCUAUUCCUGUGCUGCCCGUCUGCAGCCGUCCGCAAUGCCGCUCGGGAAAGGCUGGAAGAAAAAGGUUGAGGACAUCACCAGCGUCUAUGACAUCAAAGAGAAGCUGGGCACGGGGGCCUUUUCAGAGGUGGUCUUGGCACAGGAGCAUGGAUCCCAACGCCUUGUAGCUCUCAAAUGUAUUCCCAAGAAAGCUCUGCGGGGCAAGGAAGCAGCAGUGGAGAAUGAAAUCGCAGUUCUCAAAAAGAUUCAGCACGAGAACAUUGUGGCUCUGGAGGACAUUUAUGAGAGUCCCACUCACCUGUACCUGACCAUGCAGCUUGUGACAGGAGGAGAGCUCUUUGACCGCAUCAUUGAGCGGGGCUACUACACCGAAAAGGAUGCCAGCCAGCUCAUCCGGCAGGUGCUGGAGGCAGUGAACUACCUGCACGAUCUGGGCAUUGUUCAUCGGGAUCUCAAGCCUGAAAACCUUCUCUAUGCUACUCCGUUUGAAGAUGCCAAGAUUAUGAUUACAGACUUUGGGCUGUCCAAGAUUGAGGCUGAUGGGAUCAUGUCCACAGCUUGUGGUACCCCUGGCUACGUGGCCCCUGAGAUCCUGGAGCAGAAACCGUACGGAAAAGCCGUGGACUCCUGGGCGCUUGGUGUCAUCUCCUACAUCUUGCUUUGCGGUUAUCCCCCUUUCUAUGAUGAGAACGACUCUGAGCUUUUCAACCAGAUCCUGAAAGCUGAGUAUGAGUUUGAUUCCCCAUACUGGGAUGAUAUCUCUGAGUCAGCCAAAGAUUUUAUCCGACACCUUCUAGAACGGGACCCUGAGAAGCGAUUCACCUGUGAACAGGCCCUGCAACACCCCUGGAUCUCUGGGGACACGGCUUUGGAGAAAGAUAUUCAUGGCUCUGUGUGUGAGCAGAUCCAGAAAAACUUUGCUCGCAGCCAAUGGAAGCGAGCAUUCAAUGCCACAUCCUUCUUGCGCCACAUCACCAAGCAUGGACCUGGUGCGGAGGGCGAGGAAAUUGGAGAGGCCACUUCUGGAGCGCAUCACGGGAAAUGGUGACCAGAGAGGUGCCUGAAGAGCCUGGGCCGCUGCCCUUUGCAUGAGCUACCCUCCUGCAUGCGGCUUCACAGCCAUGACGCUGCGCCAGUACCCUCACCCAAGAGGUGGGAGUGCCCUUUCAUUUCCUGCUCCCCCUUCUGGGGACAUCUCUGCCCUGAGGGGCCCAGGAGUCACGUCAAGUCAGCCACUGUCCAGCCUGCUUUGAUCAGGGUUUGAAGUUGCCCUGCUGCCUGGGACCAAAGCCCACCUCCCCCUUAAGGCUGGUGAAGCCGUCACAACCUUGCUGUGUUACUCACCCCACACUUUCUUCCAUGUUGGCUGUAGAGGCCAGCGAGAGCCCUGGAUG